UUUUGAAUGGAGAGGGGGCCCAGGAAUUGACUCCGCCGAAUAGGGCAGUGCCACAGAGAGAAAAUGAGCCCAUCCACGUCCGAAUCGCCAGUGGCGCCUAUGAGCGUCCGACACGACGCCCAGCACAGGGCGCGGGGAAGAGCGGGCAGGGAUGGAGGAGAAGUGGCCAUCUCCGGGCCCCCCAGCCACGGAGAGGCUCCAGAGGCCCGAGCCGUACAGCAAGCAACGGCAACAGAAAACGUCGGAGGUCUGAGGGCAGGAAGGGUCUGGGGGCAGGAAUGGCGGAGGACGGAUGGGACGAGAGGAGGCAUGCACGCAGCGGUACAGAAAAUCGCGUGGACCAGCCACGGCCGAGACCACUCCGAAAAGCCCGCUCCGGCUCCCCGAGGCAGGCGUAGGGUACCGGAUGCGGCCGAGGAGUCGGGGCGGAGGCAGGGACAGAGCGCCGCGGGGCAGCCCCGCCAAGGGGAAGAGGAGGUCUCCAGCCGCCGCGGUGCACGCGGGGCGACCCGUGCCGAGCCUGCUGCCAAGAGGAGCGGCGAUCUUAGACGGGUCCUUGGCCGACGCGGGCCUCACGCCACCUGCACAGCUUUCGCCGGGGCCGGGCACUGUGCCAGUGGGCCAGCAGUGGUCCCUGGCUUGAGCCACCGGGGCUGCCUGCCGGCGGUUCCUAUCUGAUCUUCCGCUGCACGCCACAUCGGAGACGAGGGCGCUCACGCGCGACCUUACGCGGGGAGCGUACGCGCCAGUGUCGUUGCAGUUGGACCCGUUUUUGUUCGUCGCCCAGAUAAUGAGUGCACAGGAAACUGAGCAUGACCUGACCUCUC